AUGUUUUGUUGUUUUCGUCAUCGUCAUCGUCGUCGUCGUCGUCGUUAUCGUCGUCGUCGUCGUCGUCGUCGUCGUUGCCGUCGUCGUCGUCGUCGUCGUCGUUGUUGUUGUUGUUGUUGUUGGUAUUUUUUGCUGUAACU